UACUAGGUCUCGGGUUGCAAAGCAGAAAAGAAAAUGAACAUAUUUUUACUGUAGACUUGCACAAUACGCUUCACUCUCUGCAGAGACGUCGUGCAACAAACAUAGUACCGUGUGUCGUAGUCAUUAUUGGACCCGUCAGUAUAUCCCGCGUCUUUACAUAAACCCUAUAACACAAAACAGCAAUCCAAUUCUUACAUCGCCAUUGUGUGUAUCAAUUCACUUUAAAAAUAAUCAGUCGCAUUGACGUGUCAUCCCGCCUGCCGAUACCAUUAGAACAACCACAUGGCAAACAGUCGGAUUCACUUAGCUCUUUAACCAUGAUGGAAGGAAUUCAGAGUGGUGUAGUGAAAUGUGGUGGCUACAGGUACGAUGAUGGGACACGCUAUAUUGGAGACUGGAAUCAGCGCGGUCAAAAACAUGGCAUGGGAUCCAUGAUGUUUUCGGAUGGCACACGGUACGACGGAGCUUUUAGUAACGGAGUAUGCUCUGGGUUGGGAGUAAUGUGCUUUCCUGAUGGUGCCAAAUACGAAGGAGAAUUCAUGCAAGGCUGGUUUCACGGGCAUGGAAUAUUCUGGCGAUCGGAUGGUAUGAAAUAUGAAGGAGAGUUCCGAGGUGGACGUAUUUGGGGCCUCGGAUUGGUCACAUUCAGUGACCAGAGUCACGGCUUCCCACGAAACGAGGGAUUCUUCCAAGAUUGCCGAUUGGUACGCAAAAAGCGCUGUCCGGAAGUAAUUCAACGUGCGCAGAAAGUAGCCCUAAUGGCGAGGGCACAGUGUGACCAAGGGAAUUGAUUUAAUCAAUAGUCGUAGUGCCGAGAACCUAGCAAUUAUACAAAAUAAUGCUUUAAUUAAUUUUAAUGUUUUGAACGUAAUCAAAUAAAAUACAAAAUCAA